AAUAAGGAUGCACUGCCUCUUUGGUUUCAUUGCGAUAGUUGCCCUGUUGACUGUCACUUCAGCUGCCGGAAUUCGUCCGAUUCUCAGCAUUUCCCGCAGCGAUGAACUGAGACGUGGCUACCAGGAACAGGAUACGGCACGUGCCUUCUACUCCUAUGGCUACAGCGAUGAGAAUGCAGCCAGAGCGGAGUACACGACACUCGAUGGAUCCUCCCGUGGCUUCUACUCGUAUGUCGAUGCCAACGGGAAACUGCAGACGGUCAAGUACGAGGCUGGAGGACGUCAGGGCUUCAAGGCGGAGGCCAGCAAUCAGCCCAAGGCGCCAGUCGAUGACAAGAAGCCGCCGCUGCCCGUGACGGACACACUGGAGGUGCAGCAGGCACGAGAGGCACAUCUCAGUGCACUAAGAGAGGCACAGGAGGAAACGAGACGGGAGGAGGCACAGCAGCAGCAGGGGAAGGGACAGGAUCAGGAACAGGAGCGGGGUACAAGCGAACGGACACUCAGCGACGAGGAUGCGGACAUCUUGGAGCGAGUGCGUGCGGAGUUGACUUCCAUGUUAGCAGAGCGGGAGGAGAGUCGACUGGAUGAGGAACAGAAUCGCAAGGAAAAUGCCCAAGAGGAAGAUGAUGCACUGCAGCAGCAGCAACGGCAGGAGGAGCAACGGUCACAGACUGCCAAUGAUGCCAAGGAUCAGCGGCUAAGAACUGUCUACACACUGGAGGACAUUAAUUCCAGCAGUUAUUUGAAGCUCAGUGAUCUGCAGGAUCGUCUGGACAGGAAUAACCAGGAACUGCGUGUGCCCAUUGGCGCCUAUUAUUCCUAUGUCUCGCCCAAUGCCAAAUACAGUGUGACCACGCCCACCGAACUCCGCACUCUGCGUCCCGUAGCCCUCAGUCGUAGUUUGCUCCUGAGCAAACAGAAUCAACAACAGAACAAGAACAAGAAGUAGAAAUGGAGUUGGAAUUGAAGCUGGAACAGGAACUAGAAUCAAAUGAUUGUUGAACAUUGGAAUUUACUAGUUGUAGUUGUCUUAGUCUUAAGAAUAAAUGCAAUCUGUGCACCACUGUGCCUAA